UCAAUUAAGGACUUGUUAAUGGAUAACAACUGGCUGAUGGGGUUUAAAUAGGUCUGAAAGCUAAGCCAUACAACACUUCAACAUUUCUUCAGAGAAACACAAGUCUCCAACGCCUAUCAAAAGAAGCAGACCAUGUCAAGAAUGGGGACACUUUUCCUGACGAUCUUCCUUGGUGUGUCAGGAUUCACAGUUGUGGCGCUACCUCAAGCUAGAAAUUUAGCAUUGUAUGGAAGGGCCACCCAGUCAGACCUGGUUGAAAACCCCUCAUCAGGGUACAGUGAUGCCCACAAUGCCAUAGAUGGAAAUCGUGACCCAAAUUUUCCUCAUGGAUCUUGCACUGCUACUGAUGCACAGACUAAUCCCUGGUGGAGGGUUGAUCUACUGAGGCAGUACACUAUUACUUCAGUGGCCAUCACCAACAGAGGAGACUACGCCCCUGAGAGAAUCAACGGAGCUGAGAUUCACAUUGGCAGCUCCCUGCUGGACAAUGGCAAUCACAAUCGACUGGCAGGGGUUAUAUCGUCUAUCCCAGCUGGAAGAACCCUCACCUUCACCUGGGAUAAAGGGGUGGAGGGCCGCUAUGUUAAUGUUUUUUUGCCUGGAAACAACAAGCUUUUGACACUUUGUGAGGUGGAGGUGUAUGGCUAUCCAGCACCAGAUGGUGAGAAUGUGGCUUUAAGAGGGAAAGCAACUCAGUCAGACCUUCAUAGCAAUGGAUUCGCAUACAAUGCCAUUGAUGGGAAUCGUGACGGAAUAUGGGGGCAUGGUUCCUGUACUCACACAGAAGCUCAUGUCAACCCUUGGUGGAGAGUGGAUUUGCUCCAAAAAUAUAAAGUCUUCUCUGUGAUAAUCACCAACAGGAAGGAUGGUACUCCCAGUAGACUGAAUGGAGCUGAAAUCAGAAUUGGAAAUUCUUUGAACAACAAUGGCAUCAACAACCCCAGGUGUGCCGUAAUCUCCUCUAUUCCUGCUGGGUUUUCCGAGACCUUUGAGUGUUAUGGGAUGGAGGGACGCUAUGUUACCGUGGUGAUUCCUGGACGUGCAGACUAUCUUAUACUCUGUGAAGUGGAGGUAUAUGGAUCACCGCUGGACUAAAGCCUAGGGACACAGCGCAUAGGAUGGAAAUCUUAAACAGCGUUGGAUAGCAUGAACUACUCUCAAAACACAGCAAAUGUAUUGUUGUAGGCUACUGAAUAUGUCAUGGGCAACACUUCCAUUCAUAAAAAUGGAAUCUGUUUAUAUUACUGGCAAUACAGAAUUACUGGUACACUUAACAGAGAUAAUACUUAAAUAUGAUUAGCUGUUGGAACAAAUCAACCAUUUUUGACAAUGAGUGCAAUUGCACUAAUAUUGCAUGGAUAGAAUGUUGGAGUUGCCACUAGUUUAAACCAGUUUGCCCUGGGUUGUAAAAGGUUGGUCGAAAACUAGCAACGUAACUACCUAACCUAGCAUGCUAACUCAUUUCUUUUGGUGACAUAGUUGGCAUGUCAUGCUGUGAAAGCUUUUCUUACAUUUUCGUUGGGUGGUCCGACCCGAAUCACAGAACUAGUUCAUAGACUGGAUUGCAAGCAGGAACGACGGGUGUGUUUAUCUGUCCUUCUUAUGACCAUAUGAGCCUACCUUAAAAUGAAUUUGAAGAUGAUAACAGUUCUAGUUACCUAUGAAAACAUGCCUAAAUUGAUGCAUACUGUUGAUUUAAUAUAACACUGAAAUCAAUGACAAAAUGUUUUACAAGAGAACAGAGAUUAGUAUAUUCACGGUGUCACGCCACUGCAGCAAUGUUUCUCGUGUGAAUGAUAAAUGUAGGACAGUUGUGGUUGCAAAACCUUUAGGACGCUCACUUCAAGUGGAGGUAGACAUUAUACAAUUACAUUUUUUGAUUGAAGUGAACUUUUACCUAACCUUUACCUAAGGUGUCAUACUGCACCUUUCGUUCCCAGCUGCACUGUACUUCUUGGAUUCCACUAGCUAGUAGUUUCAGGCUUGCAUUUGGGAAGACGAGUUGUCUGCAUGGUGACUCUCACUUUUUUCCUCAGUUUGUCAUAUCGAUUCGUUUUCCAUCCUACUGGGAGUCUGAGCUCUGUCACUCUCAAGUAGUGUGUAGUUAAGAUAUUAACUCUUCUGCAAAAAUAAUAACAAUAACAGCACAGCAGUCCUUUCAGUAAAGUUUACCUCACAUCCGGUGGGGCCACCAGAUAGCGCCAAAGAGCAGGUUUUAGUUCCCUAGCUUCUAGAAAUCCACCUGUGCCCCACAUCACUUGUAUCACCUGUAAACAAAGCAGUAGCGGAGUGUUUAUUUAAGCUGGCUAACAAUUUCAGUCUGCAGUUAGCAUUAAAUACCUGUGUCCAUGUCACAGAGUGUGACUUGAGUUUCUAAUGUGUCUGCAAUUGUAAGUUUGCAGGAAUCUUCAAUCUCUUAUAUUCUCCUCUGAUACUCAGUUUGAGUGCUGAUGAGAUUUUAGUUUUUGGUUUAACCUCAUGUGUUAAAGUUCUUUGCUGUGUGUUGGAAUAUCUUUGGAUUGGAAAACUGCUGCCUUAUUCUUUUAAUAAAAGACUAAACAGAC